GCGGCACUUGUGACCCAUGACGCUCCUUCCAAUGGAAAAUGGGGAAGGCAUUCUCUGCGCAUUAAAGUGUUUUGAACAGGAAAAACCUCUGUCUAUACCAUCAAUUCUCGAAGAUUACAUCAAACAGAUAUCCAGAAAUGGACAAACAAGGCUUCCUUGGAUAUAUGUAAAACCAUUGCUACUACAUAAGUACAACAAAGUGGUCGACUCAUUCAUAUCGGAAGGGAGUGGUUUAGAUUACUCAAUGUUAGCUACCCCACCUCACUUAAGUGAACUUAGGCAGCGAGUGUUCAAUACUCUCAAAAGACUUGAUGGAAUACCUUUUACUAUUCAGAGAAUUUGCGAACUAUUUGAUAGUCCUACUCGUCACUACCAAAGAGUGGAUAAGUUCCUGAGAGGACUAGAGAAGGUUUGUAUGGUGGUAUCCACAGUAGAUCCUUAUGGAAACAAAAUUCACCAAGAAGAUCCCAGGUUCCCAAGUCGUGCUGGUUUGGAUGACUGUGGGUUAUUAAUAGAGGGUUCUAUUACUUCACCACCCACCUCUCCACCUCCUGAGAAUCCUCAAGUACAUCAUAUUUCCAAGUCCUCAGAUGAAGAGGUUACUGAAGAAGAUGACGAAGGUGAGGAUAAUAGUAGUGAUGGGAGUGAUGAACGACAAUCACCAAAAGCUGAUCAUAGUAUGAAUCUAAAUCCAUUAAUGAACAACUCUUGUGCAAGUUCGUGGCUUUUCAAAGCACAAAAUUCAUUGAAUCUUCCACACACUCCUCCAAUGCCGUUUCGUAGUUCUGUUUCCAAAACCAGGUUGGCAGACCAGUCUUUAACAAGUGCUCCUUUACUCAGUGGUUUGUGUGGUAGUCUUCUCUCUGCAUACUCGAAUAAUGACGAAGAUUACGACCAACUUAAUCGAUCGUCAGAAAACAAACAUACUGAUUCUAAUACCCAAGUUAAUUCCGAUCACUUAUCGUCUGUUGGAUCUAGCUUCUGCUCUGAGUCGUCUGAGUGUUUACAUGCUCUACCUGUAGAAUCUAACCUACAAGAAAAACCAUCAGAUGCUUCACAUAACCUCUCUUCAGUUGUACAAGAUGAAAUACAAGAUCAUUCUCUUCCAUGGAAUGAGGCAACUAAAAUGCCAAUCGUCAACUCGGAAACAUUGGAAGACACGAUAGCUCAGUGUGAUAAACCAGAUGAAGUAUCUAGCAGUGGUAUUAAACCUUCAGUUUCCAAUGUAAACCGAAAUGAUUCGCCUUCCAGAAGAUUAGAGCUCGACACAACUGGAGAUGAAAGUGGUUUGGCUGGUUGUCAAGUUCUGAGACCUAUUGGUCAACUUGAAGCAUUUGUACAAAAUUUAAAUUCUGAAGUUUCUAGCUCAGUAACGUCUGUACCAAUGCACAGUGGGUCUCCAAAAUCCACAAGCGACCCAUCUGCUCAUUUGAGUUGUGUAUCAUCUAUGGAGGACCUAAAUCAUCAGGGAUCAAUUACUUCAUCUAACUCACUCUUACCUGUUUUGGUUGGGGUUAGACGUCCCCGUUCACCAGGAAUGGAUUCUAGUGGUAGUGAUCCUAAUGUUUCAACAAGCAAAGAUGCAGAUUUGUCGGAAAGUCCCGCCAAAAGACGUAGACUUCCGUCUUCGGAUUUAACUGAAACGGUAGAAUCUAGUACAGAUUCAUUAGUUGGCAUUAGUUUCCAGAUUGUGACUUCAUCAUCUUUGGCACUGAAUGAUUCUCCUCCCAUUAUUAUGUGUAAUCCUACGAAUCAAACUCGUGAUAUGGAUUCUGGUGAAUGCAUUUUCGAAGCUUCAGAAAAUCCUAGUUCUGGUCAGUCUGUAGUCGAUCCAAUCUUAGCUAGUGAUAACAUAUCUAACUUACAUGAAGUAGUGAACAUUAGUUUCGCACAAAAUUCUGAGUCAAGUUCAGAAUCUGUAGAAGGAAGUGAGACAGUUUUGAUGAACAAUGAUAAUAUUGGUUUAUCAACUGUAAACUUGUCGAAUAUUAAUUCGGAAACCGGAGAGGAAGAGUCAUAACAUCUCUUUUUUAAUCAUAACUACCAAUGUUUUCUAGAAAAAUAUUGUGGUUUCAAGGAAUUUCAUAAAAAUACUUUUUAAGUGUAUAUCAUAUUACUUUUAUUAUCGUUGUAAAAUUUUUGAACCUGCUUGCUUUUUUCAGAUUUUCUGAUUGUAAUCGUUAUUUUUAAUAUUAUUUCGUUAGUCAAGCUUGAUGCAGUGUACUAUUCGUAACUAUAUGUCAGUCUUUAAAAUUGAUAGAGGGCAAUCUCAUUUAUCGGUUAUUUUGGUGUUUUAAGUGGCUUAUUUUGUUUCUCAUUGUAAAUCUCACUCUUAAACAACUUGCAUCGUUUAGUUUCGAGACGAAAGAUGUUAUCAUUUGUCAAUUUGAAUCUUAUUUUACUUUUUGCCGACAGUCAAUCUAAUAACAUUGUAUCACACAAAUUAAAGAGUUCCUAUCAGAACUGUAAGGAUUUACAAGUUUUAUAAUAAAAAAUGCUAGGUUAUUGUCACCAUUAUUUUUGUAUUUAAAUUUUAUAUACUUGGGAGAUGAUCUAACUUAGAAAAAAUCUUGUAAGCUAAGAUUUUAGUUACUUGACACUUAAGAAUUCAUUUGGAUUUCGAAACGUUGAAAAGUAAAGGCACCGAUGUGCUUAGUCAAUUAUUUUUUUAUUACGUUAGUUAUAUAUAUCUUGGGACGUGAUAUAAAUGCGUGUCGCUCCGAGCUAUCACACCUUAGUAAAGCAUAGAAAAAUAAAUAAUUAACCAAAGUCGAAAACGCAAAGAAGUGACAAUGAUAAGAUCUAUUUUAUUGAAAAAUGAAGUACUAAGACAUAUAGUUCAAAAGGAAUAAAUUAGGACGGUAAAUGACGUAAACGCAAUCCAUACCACUCAUUGUUUGAAGUUAUAGUUUAUGGUUGUAGUUUUGACACCAACUAGUAAGUCGAUAUCUCCUUACACGGAUCAGAUCAGAAUUCAGUGUCUCAAAAUAACCAUCUAAAUUUGGCUCAUGCUCAGAGAUUCUUUUUGUCUCAUAAUAUGUAGGUGUACGUUUCAUAUGUGGUAAAAUUGAGAUGUUACAUUGAAGACUAUUCAACUUACAACAAAUCUUUAAGCAUCAAGGAGAACGCAUGUCAAUUGCGUCAAGAAAUAAUAGAAGACAGUUAUGAGUAAAAAGGAAAUGGUCAAAUAAUAUUACAUAGAUGUAACGUCCGUCGUAUAAUAGAAAUUGCUCUAGGUUUAUUGUGCUUUUAUAGCAUUAUCUUCGUAUGUAUUGUGGAUUCUUGCUUUGAGAUUGAAAACAUUUCAACUAUUUGUAAGUUUGUAUUACCCUAUAAAAGCUCCCAAAACGGUUGUGUUUAGUAAAUAAUCAUUCUUCACAUGUGUUUAUCAUAUCUGUUAAACGUGGUUGCCCCAAAAUAUGCUAGGAGUCUUAUAUCAAACUAGCUAUAUUUUUCUCCCUAUUUCUCCACUCAUAAAGCAGUUCCUUAAUGAUUGUAAAAUUGAUGUUCAAAUUUGGGUAUGUCAUUAAAUAUUUAAGAGUAAUUUAACUGAACUUUCGGCGAACCAAUGAGGUAUAAGAUAACUGAUCUCGGAUUUCGGCGCGACAUUCACUCAUCCA